AUGAAAUUAGUCAUAACAGAGAAUCAUGUGACCAGAGAGGCCAUGUGGUGCUCUGGGAUCUGGGCAUCAGGGCUUCUGGUGCUUGUGGCCGCGCGAGGUUUUACAACACACUACGAAAAGAAAGGAUGCUGUUAUUUUACUACUGAGGUUUUGCGUAAGUUGGGCUACACAUGUUUGGCUAUUCUGGCAGCUGGUUUGUGUUUCAUGGUGAGCGGGACGGGGCUGACGCGGGGACCCCUCUGUUUACACAACAGCACUGACGGCCUAAAGUGGGGACGGCCAUUAAAACAAGACAAAACUGGAGAGCAGCUUUACCUCUAUGCUCCGGAGCGGUGGCCGUCUGCCUGUGUGGAGCCUCGGCGUGUUGUGAUCUGGAAUAUGGCUCUUUUCUCUGUCCUCAUGGCAGCGAGUGGCCUUCAGCUCAUUUUCUGCAUUCUUCAUCUCCUCACCGCCUUACUGGAGUUCAUGUGCAGACCCAGCUUCUGCAAGAAUAAGGUUGUUCCUGUUUGAAAUGACUAGAGGUUGUAUUUAUUUCCUCUCCGUGUGAGAAUGAGAAGGACAUUUUUGGGGGGGUUAAACAGUCAGCUAUGACUGCUUAACUUAUUUUAAACAGAAAGAGAGAGAGAAAAUAGAAAUGGGAAGUGGAUCGGGGAAGCCAGUUUUCACAUCCCUGAAGUUUUUACUGCACUGUCAUCACACACGUCCAGUCUUAAGAGUGAUUUUAGUGACGGUAAACUUUGAAUCCCAGAAACACUUGAACAGAUAAAAUGCCUUGAAUAAUCCACUAAAAGCAUAGAGACAAAUAAUCCGUUUCAAAUAGUCUGUAUUGUAA